AUGGAGCGUGUCGCAUUAAGGCUUCUGGUGGCGACUGCAGUGAUUUUAACCGCUGCGACGGAGAUUACUGGCGAGCGAGUCAAUGAAACUUCUGCUACGGCUGGGUUAGUAUGGUCGACGGGAAAAGAGAAGUCUGAUCUCUUGGGUAAGACUGAGCCGGAAAACAGCGACGAUUCAUCCGCUGCUGCGGUUGUUAACGACCAUGAUAACCUUGACGGCGGGUUUUCUUCUCUCGAGGGGAUGUUACAGUGGGCCAUUGGGCAUUCUGAUCCGACGAAAUUAAAAGAAAGCGCAGAAGAUGUCCAGCGUUUGUCUGCUAGUGAGUUACAGAAGCGUCAAUUAGAAAUUAAGGAGUUGAUAGAGAAGACCAAAAUGCCAUCUGAUGCCCAGCUGAUGCAGACAGCAAUAGAUGAUUUAAAUAACUCAUCUUUAUCUUUGGAAGAUCGACAACGUGCGUUGCAGGAGCUUCUCAUACUUGUUGAGCCACUUGAUAAUGCAAAUGAUUUGAACAAACUUGGCGGUUUUGCCGUUGUAAUCCAAGAACUUAAUCACCCUGAUCAAGACAUAAGGAGACUCUCUGCAUGGGUUCUCGGAAAAGCUUGUCAAAAUAAUGCAGUUGUUCAAAAACAGAUUUUGGAACUUGGGGCACUGACUAAGCUAAUAAAGAUGGUAAAAUCUACUUCUGUAGAAGAAGUCAUUAAAGCACUAUAUGCUGUUUCGGCAUUGAUCCGGAACAAUGUAGUUGGUCAGGAAUUGUUUUAUGAAGAAGCUGGGGAUACAAUGCUUCAGUUGGAAUUGAUCACUCCUUUCUCCCUUACUUCUCAGGAAAUACUGAGCAACUCAAGCAAUGAUAUCAGACUCCGCAAGAAAGCCGUUUCUAUAGUUGCUGAUCUAGCUGAAUGUCAAUUAGUUGAGUCGCCAUUCUUCAGAGAUCGCUUCUUCCUGAAGUCUGUAGUUGAUCUAACAAAAUCAACAGAUCUCGAUCUCCAGGAAAAGUCAGUAUAUGCCAUUAAAGAAGAAUCUGGAAAGGCCGUUGUUGCAAUCAAGAAUCUGCUGCAACUCAAAACAAAUGAGGCUUUGAUUUUUAAGGAUUUCUGUGACUUGGAUGGUUCUUUAGAGAAGAUGAGGCAGCAGCUGAUAUAUUUGAUGGCAGAGGAAGAUCAUAGGGACUAUGCAGUGGAUUUGGAAACCCUCCGAAGAGAAGUGGAGCUGAUUUUCCAUGAAAAGCUAGGACAGGUGGAAAAUACAGCUUCCUUGGUUUCUGGCUAA